AUGUCAUCUACAGCAGCCCCUCCAGAUACACGAAUUCAACUGCUUUUAGACGACAUGCUCGAGAUUCCAGAGGAGCAAUUCACCGCUAUGUCUCCUGUUGCCGAGCUCACUGUCGGCGAGCUUCUCGCGUUCAAAUUUACCCGGCCUGACCUGACCGCAGCGCUCACCGUUUCCGAAUUCGAGCCAACAUUCCAUCAGCAUCAGAUUCACCCCAAUAACACUACCCGUGCAUUAUUCAACAAAACUCAUGAUCUUCGAGAAUUGUACGCCUCCAGCUAUCGAUCCAUCGAGGUUCAAUCCCCUUGCACGUCGAUAGUGGAACACAUGCCAAUCGGUUCCGAAGCAUUCUGGCAACAUCUGGACUCUGUCGAGCAGCUGAAGUCAACCAUCUCGGAUAACGUUGAUUGGCUAAGCAAUGUUGAGGUCAAUGACAAACGCGACGCUGCGUACAUCAAGCUGGCAAGCGCCUUGCUUGUUGCAUUUCGAACCCCUUCACUGCAAUCGAGAAAAGUUGCUCAUCACGUCGGCGUCUGCAUGCACCACAGUGCGCUAUAUUUACACAAAGCCGUCACCAGCAAUGCCUCACUGCAGUGUUGA